GGAAGAGGAGGAGGAGGAGGAAGAGGUGGUGGUAACACCAGCCGGGCUAUUGACAGCGUCUUUCCCCUGGAUGGAAUCACAUUGUAUCCGGUCCACCAUGGCGCUGGGAUUGUCCUCGAAGAAAACCUCUUCCCGGAACAUCUCAGUAGAAAGGAAAAACCUGAUUACCGUCUGCAGAUUCUCCGUGAAGACUUUAUUGGAAAAAUAUACAAUAGAACCCAUUGAUGACUCAUCAGAGGAGUUUGUGAACUUUGCUGCUAUUUUAGAGCAUAUACUCAGCCAUCGUUUCAAAGGGGAUCAUGGUCCUGUCAGUUGGUUUAGCUCUGACGGACAACGUGGCUUCUGGGAUUACAUCCGCCUGGCAUGCAACAAAGUCCCAAAUAACUGCGUCAGUAGUAUUGAAAACAUGGAAAACAUCAGCACCUCCAGAGCUAAGGGCCGGGCAUGGAUUCGCGUUGCCCUGAUGGAGAAACGCAUGUCUGAAUAUAUUGCUACAGCACUUCGGGAUACUAGAACAACAAGGAGAUUUUAUGAUGAUGGAGCAAUAAUGCUGCGAGAAGAAUCCACUGUCCUUACGGGAAUGCUGAUUGGCCUCAGUGCUAUAGACUUCAGUUUCUGCCUGAAAGGAGAAAUUAUGGAUGGUAAGACACCGGUGGUUAUCGACUAUACUCCAUACCUGAAGUUUACACAGAGUUAUGACUACCUAAGUGAUGAGGAAGACCGGCACAGUCUGGAGAGUAGUACCAGUGAAGAGAGCUCCCCUGAUCACCCUUACCUGCCACUUGUGACUGCAGAAGACAGCUGGUACAUCAAAUGGCGCAAGAUAGAGCAGAAGUUUCGCAUCGUCUAUGCACAAAAGGGCUAUCUAGAGGAGCUAGUUCGGCUGAGAGAGUCGCAGCUCAAGGAUCUGGAGGCAGAGAACAAACGCCUGAAGUUAAGGCUGGAAGAGGUGAAGGUGCAGAAUCAGUUAGAGAAACGGGAGCUGGAAGGGGUCAUCCUGGAACUGCAAGAGCAGCUAUUUCCCUCCUCCUGCUCUGCCCCCAGGACGGGCCUCAUCCCUCCAGACAACAGCCAGUUUACCCAACUCUCCAAGGAAAUGGCUGCACCCUUGGUGAACCAAUGGCCCUCUUUGGGUACUCUGAACGGUAAUGAAAGUCAUGCAGAAGCCAAGAUAUUCAGGAGGCAUAGUUUCAUGAGCACAGAUCAGCUCUCAACAGAGAUAAGUUUGAGUUCUGAUUCACAACGGAUGGGUGAAGGGAAACAUGAGGGGGAACCUUGGGGGCCACUGGGAAAGGACCCAACUCCAUCAAUGUUGGGCCUCUGUGGAUCCUUGGCCUCCCUGCCUAGCUGCAAGUCUUUAGCUAGCCUAAAAUCCAACGAGUGUCUGGUGAGCGACAGCACUGAGCCAAGUCCCGCUCAUAGCCCCAGCUGAGACAGCAGCAGGCCGUUCUCACAAACCUCAAAGACCCCUAUGGAGGAGCAAAGAUUUUGAGAGGCAAAACAUCUUGAAUCAAGCCCCUUUGGCUUGGUUUCAGUAGGUGGGAAGGGCAACUGAACUGUUUAUCCAGCUUGAUGCAAAAGGGCAAUGUCCCUGCUUCCUCAACAAAAUACUCUUAGAAACCCAGACUUUCUUCCUUAAAUUGAGAGCAGAGAAUGAAAACAAAAGCAAGACUGCCCACUUGUCAGAAGCUGGAAGGAUUGACUACAAAAAGCGCUUUUGUAACAUGAUGCUGUGUAUAUUAUAUG